CUCUGAAGAAAAUUGCACCUACUACUUUCGAUAUUUCGGUCUCUUGGCGAGCCAAUAGACUUGUUUUUUAUGUGGACGAUGGCUCUUGCCUCGACUUUCAAGUGUUACGUCCUCGAUCGGAACUCCUGUAUAUAAGGUCUCAAUUUUCCACUCUGCUUUCGUUUUCCCAUCAACCCAUCAACUCACAUUUGCUUGACAUUCGCUGAACAACUUUGCUUCAAACACAACACUCUAGCACAAUUUCAUUUGCUCUUAAUUCAAAUACUCCAGUCAAUACCAUCCUACUUACAAUCAAAAUGCGUUUCACUAUCGCUACCGCUAUUCUCUCAUCUGCCGCUAUGGUCGUUGCAGUUCCUACCAUAGAAUCAACAAUCUUCCGUCGUAGUGGGGGCCAAACUUGUGCUCAAGGACAAACACUCCAAUGUUGUCAAUCUACCACCGCAGGAGGCGAUGGAAUCCUAGGCAACUUGUUGGGCUUGAACUGUAAGUCCUAGCAUUACUCUUUCAACCUUUACCUAUCUACUAUCUUGUCUGUAUCAAAAUUUCCUACUAACAACAAAGACAGGCGCUGAUAUCCCAAUUCCAAUCCUUGGUGUUGUCGGAGGCAAAUGCGACUCGGCACCAGUCUGCUGCAAUAGUAACGGUGGAGACACCAGCGUAAGUCUUCCCUGUAACUUAUGUUCCUUUAUCUUACAUGGCUAGCCCGAUUGCGAUGACGAUUCUAACAGUGGUGGUACACAGGGAGGAAUCAAUAUUCUCACCAACAGCUGCGUUGCCGUUCCUAUCAUUAUCUAAAUGACCAAAAGGACUCGAGUCCUCCUCGUCAUGGAGCACUACCGACCAGGCGAUCACCCACUUCUUUCCUACCUUCCACAUUCUCUACCGUCAUCUCAGCAACCAAAUUUAAUCUUCAAUUUCGACCAUCAAUAUAAACCUUUCGGCGUUAUACAUGGAUACCUGGCUGGUCGUAUAUGUUUGUUCACUCUCGACACUAGGACUCAGCAUUAACUUUGCGAGUGUUCGAUUCUACUCUUCGUGUCAUGUCUAAUUCAACAUUGGACACUCUAUUCUUACUCAUGUCAUCUCUUAUCACACAUGGAUACCCAUUCACAUGUUCCCAAUUGGAUUGUUAAUGUUUGAAAGGAAUACACAUAUAUGUAUAUUGUAGUUACCUCUUCUAGCUUCGAUACGAUAUCAAUAGCAUGUGGACAAUACAGAGAGACUUUUCAUGAGACUGUAAUUUCUUUGGCUGAAUGCAUGGUGACGCUUUCU